AUGAUCGAGGGCAAUGGCUUCAUCUCCGCUGAGGCUGGGCCAUCGAGACCUCACUAUGACGAAUAUCGCCCUCUUACAAAUGGGAUAAGAGAGGAUCAUCCCGAAGGCGAAAUAGGGAACGAAGGUGAUGAAGAUGAUCUGGAGGAGAACCAGAGGGAGGAUGAAGCAACUACACUAGAAGAUAUUCUGACUUCUUCCUCGCAGCGGCCACCCUUACCGGCCAAAGCAUCGUCAACUCUUCUUUCGCGCCCUCAACUCUCUUCUAGACAAUCAUCAAAGCUCAAAGCGCUGCAUCCUCUGGCGUCUUUAGACUUCCCAUCCUCGAUACAUACAUCACCUUCGGAAGUGUUCGAUCUGUCUUCCACGCCUGGUCUGAAAGGUACAACAUACUCGUCAUUACCUCCGUCGCCAAGGGGAGAGGUCGAUUUCGAAUUUACCGUUCCUCCGCCCCUCCCCCCUCAGAAGAAAGGCUUAGGCAUCAAUGAGUUGGGAUCAGUCUUGGACAAAUUGACCAUCCCCUCUUCUGCGCAUUUAGCUGCAGAUGAAGAUGAAGGGGAAGAAGAGUUCUGGCCAGCUAGAUCCAGAAGACCAACUAUAACAGAAAAUACCUAUACUCUAAAUGAUGCACAGGAAGAUGGAAUCAGAAUAUCUUCGCCCGAACCUGAAGAGUACAAUCACCAUCUACACAACAGUGACAAUGAAUUCAAGGGAUUGAACGAAGAAGGUAAAAUUGAGAUUUCGGGUAUAUGGGAUCUACUGAAAGAUGAGAUGGGCGCGGAAGAAUGGGAUGGUUGGGUGGUAGAUGGAAAAUGGGAGCGAAUAGCGAAUUUUUUAGCUGUUCCACUUGCUGUUGAGAAGACCACGACGUUCGGUGCUUUACUUUGUCUUGAUGGGUUCUUAUACAAUUUCACCGUUUUACCUAUAAGAUCAGCUUUCGCUGUCACCCGAAUCAUAAAAAAUGCAUACAAAAGGACGGAAUGGUGGCCUGUUCCAUUGGCGCAUCAACAUUCAAUAUUAAGAAUGUUGCUCCUUCUUAUACCGACCAUCAUCUUACUGGGUGCGACCGAUUCAAGUAAGAUGUAUCAUUCGGUAAGAGGUCAAGAUACUAUCAAGUUAUAUGUCAUAUUCAAUGCCUUGGAAAUUGCGGAUAGACUAUGUUGUGCUUUCGGACAGGACGUACUGGAUACCUUAUUCGCCAGAGAAACCCUAUCACCCAGUAUAAGGAAGAGAGGUAAAGGUAGAAAGAGACAACAAGCUAGACCUGUAUUCUUUUUCGCGCUUUCCUUGGGAUACGUCUUGGUUCAUACGCUCAUCUUCUUCUACAUGCUUGUAUCGCUCAAUGUGGCCAUCAACUCUUACGAUUAUACGCUGUUGUCUUUGUUGAUCAGUAACCAGUUUGUGGAAAUCAAAGGAUCUGUGUUCAAGAAAUUCGAAAAGGAAAACCUCUUCCAGAUCAUGUGUGCAGACAUCGUCGAGAGAUUUCAACUGUCUUUGAUGCUUUCUGUCAUCGCUUUGAGGAACCUGAUCGAGAUGGCAGGAUCAGAGAUUGCAUUCUUGCCUAAAAGUUUCAUCAGAGGUAAAAGUCUCCUUGAUUCGAUCCUAUCGCCCGUUUUAUUCGUAAUCAUUUCUGAGAUGAUUGUCGAUUGGCUCAAGCAUGCUUUUAUCACUAAAUUCAACCAUGUUCGUGCGUCGGUGUAUGAAAGAUUUACGGAUGUCUUGGCGAAAGAUGUGUUGUUAGCUGGAUCGUCGGGGAGUGGAAGGAGCAAAGUAAGAGGUAGAAAUCAUCAAGUUCUCCUUGAUCAAUCACCCCUAGUAGCUCGAAGAUUAGGGUUCGCUUCUAUUCCCUUGGCUUGCUUGGUACUUCGUGUUGCAGCUCAAGCAAUAGGGAUGUUAUCGACUUCUUCUCAUCAGGAUGAAUCUCUCAACGAUCUCACUGCUGGGGAUUGGGUAUGGACAGUACUGAAAUGGACUAGCUGGACGGGAGUGGGACUUUGCGCUUGGGGAUGUCUGGUAUUUCUGAAAGUCAUCCUGGGUCUGGCUUUACUGAGUUUCUCAGCUACGAGGCAAGAGGGUAUGGAUGCGAGAGAAGCAGAAGAUGCAGUCAAUGAUUUUGGCAGGUCGGCAGUGGGUGAGAGCAAAGAGGAAACUGAAUACAACAAACAAACAGCCCGAUACCUCUCUCAUCCCAAUGAUGAUCUCCCGGCAUAUCCAAGUCCAGGAUCAAUACAUACUGCCACUACACCUUUUUCAAUGCCUAAAUCGGUAUUAGUCAAUAAUGCAAAGAGGAUGGAUGGUGGAAAUAUGAGUGACCCUGAGAAAGUAAUAUCCAAUUCCGAUAAAGAGGCUAAAGAUAAAGAUAAGGAAAAGGGAGGAGGAAAGAAAGGUAAGAAAUGGAAGUUGGAAGAAGUAGAAAGGUGGACAAUGGUCAAGAGGAUUUGGUAA